GGGGCAUGAAGUGACAGUUCACACAGGGCUCCUGAUCAACAGGAGGAGAGAGAUCAGUAGACACAGACAGAGAUAGUGACCAUACAGAAAGUGGAGAAAGAGGAGAGAGACCCUAGUGCUGUGGUUGAUUAAUCGAGGCAGUAGAGGCAGGAUGUGGGUCCUCAUCUGGGCAGCUCUACUUCUCUCUCUGACAGAGAGAACCACAUGCAACAAACAGCCACAAACACCACCACCAAAAACAGCAUCACCCUGGACCAUCACCUUCAGUCCAGCAGAGAUAACAGCAGAGAAGGGACUUUGUGCUGUUAUUUCAUGUACCUUCAGUCAUGCAGAGAACUUCAAUCCUACUGCAGCAAUAUGGUUUAAAUGCCCUGAAAAUGGCAAAUGUGAUCAGGAUGAAAACAUAAUUAUCCACUCUGAAACUCCCUCUAAAGCUCAGGAGGGUUACAGAAAGAGAGUGUCUCUACUGGAGACUGAUCUGACAAAGAAGAACUGUAGUGUAAUCAUCAGCAACAUCAGAAAGAAUGACUCUGGAGAGUAUCAGUUCAGACUGCUAAGUGCAUAUACAUACUCCAAGAAAGUGAAAAUCACAGUGAGAGCUCUGACCCAGAAGCCCUCAGUGUUGACUCCUCCUCUGACAGAGGGAGAACCAGCUACUCUGACCUGCACCGCCCCGGUGAUCUGCUCUGGAACUCCUCCUAACAUCACAUGGACAUGGAGAGGGACAGGAGACAAUAACAUUGAGCUCAGAGACAGUACCACCAUACAGAAGAGAGAGGACCUGACCAGCGUCACAACAUCCCACUUCUCAACUUUGACCUUUACACCCUCAGCUGAGCACCACAAAAUGAUGGUUACCUGUCAAGUAACUCAGAAAAAAUUUCAUAUUGAAGAGACAGUAACUUUGAAUGUAACAUACCAUCCUGUGAUUCCUGUGAUUCUUCCUGGCUCUGGGUGUGUGGAUCAGGCAGAGGUCAUGACCUGUGUGUGUGUCAGUCAGGGGGUUCCCUUACCCCUCAUAGAGUGGCCACUGCUGGAGCUCAACACAGAGAAGUACAGCCUCACUACAUCAGUGUUCGGGUCCUCAGUGAACAGCACCAUCAGCCUGCCUGUUAGAAACCACACCAACAACACCACUGUGGAGUGUGUCAGCAGAAAUACUGUGGGUGUAGUGAGAGGGAAGUUGCAGGAAACGCAAGAAGGAAGGAAACAGAGAGAUCUUUCUGAAGGAUGUGGGAAUGCAGUUCUCCCCUGGACCAUAGCUGGUGUGUCUCUCAGUGUGACUGUUGCCAUCCUCAUCUACCUGUCUUCAAAUGCUUACAUACGGAUGCAAGGUAUGAAUGGGAAACCAAAAGAAGAGGAGAGCACCUACAUCUCAUUGGAUAAAAAAGACAUGUCUCAGGAAGAGUAUGAGGUCAUUGCCAGGCGUCCAAGAUGAUUGAGCACCUGUUCUUCCCCCCCACUCCUAAGCUUAUGCUGAGAUAAUUUUCAUGUGAAAUAAUUCACACUUUUCUUCUUAGUAAAGUUUCAGAUUUGUAUGCAUUAAAUGAAAAAGUUAAGAGGCAUAAUUUUUAAUCAUAAAAAUUAUUUUGAAUUUCAUGGAAAAGCGCACAAGUACUGUAUGAUAAGUGAAUGAAAAAGUCCAUAAGUUUUUCUAUUUUUACUUUAGAUAAACUAUGUGAAUAAAAUAUGGAGAUAUUAUGAUUCUAUGCACUCCGCACUACCGUCCUGAAACUGUACAUUUGCUCAUUGCACUCUGUACAUUGCUGUAGAUUCCUGUAGAUUCCUUCACCUGCCAAUUUGCACUCUGCCACUGGGGCAUUCUCUGACUUCAAUGUAUAUAUUUCCAUUCCAUAUUGUGGUGAAAAAAAGAUGUGUGAUGUAGUUACUGUAAACAAUGGAGAGGUAGCUUAAGAUUAACUGUUAAUUAAGUAA